GAAAAAUAAAGUUGUGAAAUAAUAAUCCAAAAACUAUCCAAGUUCGCAAGUUGAAGUCUUUCCCGUGUAACUGGCCCCCAUUCCCAAAUGCCUAGUGACGCAAACCGGCGGUCGGUACAUUAUUGGUUUACGAUAUCAAACGGGCUAUAAAUUGUCUGUUCACACUUAAUGUAUCGCCCUUUUAUUCUUUGCCGUGGGGAGCAGCAGCAGCACAGCUUUAAGGAGAUGUUUCUUUCUUUCUUUCUUGUUUUUUUUUGUUUAACGGUAUCGUCCCAUGGAUCACGACAUUUCCAGGCCAUUGAUAUGACGAUGACGGCCUCCUUUUAUUCUCCCGGCAUUUUAUUUUUGGGCCGCCGAAGGCCCCAAAGGUGUCUCUUGUGUGUUUGUGCUCUUUACCCCCCGCCACUUUAAAAAGGUAGAAAUCGGUUAGUUCUUUUUUAUUUUUUCUAUCGGGAUUCACGCGUGGGUGGAUGGAGGAGAAAACUCUUCUCCUCCCACUCUCCACUCCAUCACGGAGAAUACAUUUUCAAGAAAAAGAACGUGAUAGCAGCAGAGGCAGAGGCAGCAGCAGCCAGUUCGUUCGUGUAGAGUAGUGACGGCUGCUUUUCUGCUGUCGUGGCUCCAGCCGAUCGACUCUCAGACUCCGCCCACUCUCCCUCGUUUUUCUUAUCAACUCCGCCCGCUCUAUGCAUUUUUAUUUCCAUGUAUUUUUUCUCUCUCUCUCUCUCUCACUCACACACACACUGACAAGGACUGUGUGGCUCACAGCUACUACUAGAACGCCGCGUGUUGUGUAUAUUUCUGUUUUGUUUUUGUGUGUGUGAGGGGGUAUCUCUUUUUUCUUUGGUGUAUUUUUCGCUCAUUCGUCCUGCCAUCGCCGAACCAGAUGGUCGUGUCCCUCGAACUGUGCGCGCAUUUCUGGUGUGUGUGUCUCCUUCUCCUCCCUGUGAAGCGGCAACCACUCUUAGUAGGAAGCUAGGAGGUUGUUGUUGUUGUUGUUGUUGUUGUUGUUGUUGAAGUGAGAUUGUGUUUGGAUUGCGAGUGAAAUUGCUGUUUGUUUGAUAUGGGACUGUUGAGGACGAUGACGGUCCUAAGGGUCCAUCCGGCCAGUCCGCCUCAUCACGACAGUUCAUCCGGAUCGUGGAACAAGCGGAUGAGACACCUCAGCAGUCCGGUUCUUUACUUGACAGCCCUUUUAGCGAAGGCGAGGAGGAAGGAGAAGGCGGAUGUGGCCGGCGUGACUGGUGGGUCUAACGCCGGCCUGGGCGGCGGCGGUUUGGGACUGUCCGGCACGGUCUCGCUGCCCGGUGGCGGCGUCGGAGGCGUCGGCAACGGACCUUCGACGCUGGUUGGCGGUUUGGUGACCCACGCUGGCGCUCACGGCCAGUACGGCGAUGCCGAGCACAAGCUCUACCUCGAGUCGACCGUGCUCGAACGCAAAGUGCCGGAAGCGGAUCUCCGCCAGUUGAUCGAUCUCCCACCUGGACUCGAUCUCAACGAAUGGCUCGCCUCUCACACGAUAGCGUUUUUUGAACACGUCAACCUUCUCUACGGCUCCGUUUCAGAGUAUUGCACGCCUACCAGCUGUCCCGACAUGCUCGGCCCCGGUCAAAGACAGUAUACGUGGAUUGACGAACGAGGUAAGAAGAUCCGACUGUCGGCGCCGCAGUACAUCGACUACGUCAUGACGUACGCCCAGCGAACCGUCAACGACGAAGGCAUCUUCCCUACCAAAUUCGCUCACGAAUUUCCGGCGACGUACGAAACGGUUUUGAGGAAGAUUCAGCGUUUGCUGUUCCACGUCGUGGCCCACCUGUACCAUCGGCACUUUCGCGAGCUGCUCCUGCUCGGAUUGCACAGUCACCUGCACGGCCUCUUUGCCCAUCUGAUAUUAUUCAACAGCCGGUUCCGCCUUAUCGACGACAAGGAGACGGAGAUCCUCAAUGACUUGGUCAUCGCCUUACGACUACAAACCACCGACGAUGAAGUUAAAGGCGCAACGCCUACACCGCCGGUGGCCAGCAGCCGAUCCAGUCAGCCGAGUCCGCAACCGGAUUCGGCCAAUGCGUCCGGGUCGGACCCGACGACAUCUACGGAUGGUCACCUAGACGAGUGCGGCCAUCACAUCAUUCGUAGCGGAUCGGGUCACGAUCCGCCAAUUCACCUAGGCACUUUGUCACCGGAAGUAGUUUCCUCUGUAGAAUCCCGUUAAAAGAAGACAAGAAAAUGAUGUAUUUUGCGAGGUGCAGAAAGAAAGAAGACGACGACGGCAACAACAAGAAGAAAAGAAGAAAAAAACCUUUUGAUGAUCCUUUUUUUGAAAAUCCUUUUCGAACGAAGGAUCUUUAGUCAUCCGUUGCAUCCUUACAGAAGAAAAAAAAAAUUCUCUCUCUCCCUCUCUCUAUCUUUAUAUUACUUCAAUCCCUGACUUGGAGUGUGCGAAUUAUGUAUCCGCCGCCAUUUUUGAUUUUCCGUUUCUAAAGGCGGAAAAAAAAUUUAUCGUGAAAAAAAAAAAGUGGAGAAAAAAGAGAACCGCACGUUUUAGAUUUCGGUUUUCGUAUUAUUAAUUAUUAUUUCUCUUCUUUUAAAAAAUUGAAAAAAAAAGAAAA